GUAUCAGAUAGGGAAAGACCGCGAAAGGAAACACCUUAUUCACGUAGUCCAGCCCUGAGGAUCAGUCAUAAACUAGCUGAACGUAAAAGAAGGAAAGAGAUGAAGUGCUUAUUUGAUGAACUUCGGGAUUCUUUACCUGUUGAAAAGAAUAUGAAGACUAGUAAAUGGGAAAUCUUAAGUAAA